AUGCAAUAUAAAGAGAUGAAAGCAGAAGACAAUGUUUCCUCAGUGACACAAUUUGUACUCCUGGGAUUUUCUGACCUUCCAAAUUUCCAAGGAUUAUUAUUUGCCCUGUUCUUCACUGUUUACAUGAUCAUCUUGAUUGGAAAUAGCCUCAUCAUCAUUAUAACCAGGCUUGACCCCACUCUGCAGAAACCCAUGUAUUUUUUCCUGGCCAACUUUUCCUUAUUAGAAAUCUGUUAUGUGUCAGUCAUCCUUCCAAGGAUACUGAAGAACCUAUGGACUCAAGACAGAAUGAUUUCUAGGCUAGGAUGUGCCACCCAAUUGUGCUUCUUCCUUAUUUUUGCAGCCACUGAGUGUUUCCUGCUGGCUGUGAUGUCCUAUGACCGCUACGUGGCCAUCUGCAACCCCCUGCACUACCCUCUGGUCAUGAACCACAGGAUGUGUGUCCAGCUGGCUGUUGGCGCCUGGGUCAUUGGGAUCCCUGUCCAGAUAGGACAAACAUGUCAAAUAUUCUCUCUGCAUUUCUGUAACUCCAACCAAGUCAACCACUUCUUCUGUGACAUCCCCCCCAUCCUCAAGCUGGCCUGUGGAGACACUUUUGUACAUGAGCUGUCUGUCUAUGUUGUAGCUAUGUUAUUUGUUGCAGUUCCCUUUAUUUUGAUCCUCAUCUCUUACGGCAAAAUCAUCUCCACCAUUCUGAGGUUGCCAACAGCCAGCGGACGGGCCAAAGCCUUCUCCACCUGCUCUUCCCAUCUCAUAGUUGUGUUUCUAUUCUUUGGAUCAGCUACUAUAACUUACUUAAGGCCAAAGUCCAGUCACUCUGCAGGAACUGACAAACUGCUCUCUCUCUUUUACACCAUCGUGACACCUAUGUUUAAUCCCUUGAUAUAUAGUCUUCGGAACAAGGAUGUGAUUGCAGCACUGCAAAGAUUGUUCUUCAAGAAAAUAGCAUUUUUUUUUAUGAGGAAUGUUUCAUGA